AUGGCCCAAUCAUCCGUCUUCCUAUUUCCCAUACGCGAAGUCUUCAACGAUCGCGUCAAACUCGUGCCAUUCAACCCAGAUCAUCACAGCCGUACAUUCUUCCACCUCUCAUCCUCCCAUCCAGAACUAUACACACACAUGCCCAUGGGUCCAUGGACCUCAGAAGAACAAUUCAAAGCCGAAUUCCACUCACACUCCCAAACAUCGCUUCUAUCAUUUUCAAAUCCCACCUCAUUUGCAUUCGCUAUCAUCGACAAGACUCGCCCUCCAUCUGCAGAUGACCCAGAAGGAGAGCUUGCCGGCACCAUCAGCCUAGUGCGAACAUCAGAUAUCCAUCUCUGCACGGAAAUCGGCUUCAUUAUCAUUUUGCCACCUUACCAGCGUACGCAGGUCGCAAGGAAUGCGGUCGGGCUAGCGUUGCAGUACAGUCUAGAGGGCUCUGAAAAAGGAGGUCUUGGCUUGCGCAGAGUUCAUUGGCGAACUAGUACGAUGAAUAUUGCGAGCGCUAGACUUGCGGAGAAGAUGGGGUUUGAAAGGGUUGGUGUUGUGCCUUGGCAUAUGCGAUUUGUGAAGGGGAGGCUUAGAGCGAAAACAGGAAAUGGCAAGAAUUUGCCUCCUAGGAGUGAUCCUGAUGAUUUGUGGAGGGAUACUAUUGAUUAUAGUAUUUCGUGGGAACGGUGGGAGAGCUCUGCGAGGGAAGAGACACAGAAACAGAUAGAAUUAUGA